AUGAUAAAGAACGAAGAAAAGGUGGUUACAUUGGGAUCUGACACGGAAGCAGUUUUGGAAUCCAGCAGGAAACAUAUCAACAAGAAACGUUUAUUGUUCAAGAUUGACGUUUUUGUUUUAUCGUUUGUGUGCUUGCAGUACUGGAUCAACUAUGUCGACCGUGUUGCCUUCAACAAUGCUUACAUAUCCGGUAUGAAGGAGGACCUAAAUAUGAAGGGUAAUGACUUGAACUUAACGGCCACCUGUUUCACAGUCGGAUACGUCAUAGGUAUGAUACCAAAUAAUUUAAUUCUGUUGGUUGUACCACCAAGAAUCUGGUUGAGCUUUUGCACCUUGGUAUGGGGCUUGCUCACAUUAGGUAUGUAUAGGGUAACAUCCGUCAACCAAUGUUGUGCCAUACGUUUCUUCCAAGCUCUGUUUGAGAGUUGUACAUUUGCAGGUACACAUCUGAUUUUGGGUACCUGGUACAAAGAGAAUGAACUGGCUAUAAGAAGUGCCAUAUUUACAAGCAGCGGACUUGUUGGUUCUAUGUUCAGUGGGUUUAUGCAAGUGAGUAUAUUCAAUCAUCUGGAUGGUGUCAACGGCUUGGAAGGCUGGAGAUGGUUGUUUAUUAUUGACUGCUGCAUUACCAUUCCGAUCGCCAUUUAUGGGUUGGUAUUUUUUCCUGGUGUUCCUGAUGCUUCCAACAUAAGCAGCAAAUUCUCCAUGACUAAGCAUAUCUUUAGCGAUCGUGAAUUGCAAUAUGCCAGAAGAAGACUACCAGCCAGAGACGAGUCAACUAAGCUGGACUGGUCUGUUAUUCCAAGAGUUUUGAAAAGGUGGCAUUGGUGGGUGUUUUCUCUAGUUUGGAUUCUUGGUGGUGAAAACAUCAGCUUUGCAUCAAAUGCCACGUUUGCAUUAUGGCUGAAAGAUCAGGGCUAUUCGUUAACGCAUAGGAAUAACGAUUCUUCUGGCAUUUAUGCCGUGGGUAUUGUUGCUACUGUUCUUUCGGCGAUAUAUCUGAGCAAGGUCAAGCGGGCGAGGCAUUGGCAUGUUGCCGUCUUUACUGCUGUUAUACUAUGUGUCGUGGCUAUCAUGAUCAGGAUCGCUCCUCUACGUCCUGCAGUUAUGUUCACAGCACAAUACCUCGGGGGUGUAUCGUACGCAGGGCAAGCCGUUUUCUUUGCCUGGGCAAAUGUUAUUUGCCAUGGCGAUCUUCAAGAACGUGCAAUUGUGCUGGCAUCGAUGAACAUGUUUUCCGGCGCAGUAAACGCGUGGUGGUCUAUUUUAUUCUAUGCAGCGUCUAUGGUGCCUCGUUUUGAAAAGGGGUGUUACGCUCUGAUCGGGACGGCUACUGCCAGCGGCAUCGUCUCCAUCAUGAUCAGGUCGUUGCAAAUCAAGGAAACCGAGAAAAAGAAGGAGCUUGCAUACAUCGAUGUUAACGACAUGUUCGAGGACGAGGACGAGGGACAAGAUGACGAGGACGAAAUUGCCGAUGAACUAGUAACAGAGCAGCAACCUGUCCAACCCUCCCAUUUCGUAUAA